ACUUCUGUUUGUCACGAGACUACCCUUAAAUCGUGAGAUGUCAAAUUCAUGGGAAGAGUUGAUUGGGGAGAAUGACCCAGACAGGGCUGUUGAUGAAGAAGAUUACCUGCCACAAGAAGAUGAUGCCAAUGCAUCUGUUGCACGAGAUAUCUACCACGUGGAGGAUUCUGAUGAUGCACUUACCUCUGAUGAUGAAUACUUGGAGGCAAGGGCCAACUUAAGAGCAUAUGGAGAGUCAAGAAAAAGGAAAGUUAAGGCCAGACAGCUUGCUAAUGGUGAGGAGGUGGAGCAGUUAGAUGAUUUUGAGGAAUUGUCUUCUGAAAGUGAAGAGGAAGGAGGCGAUGAGGCAGCCAAUGUGAAUGAAGGGAAUGUGAAUCAGGAGGAAGAAGGGAUUGAUGCAGGAAAUGAUGGAACAAAUCCCUCCCUUUCGAACCAGCAUCCAUCUCGGCCUGAGCAAGAUAGACCAGAG